UAGUGAUUUCGAUUUUUAAGCUCACCACCGGCGAGUUUGUUGGCGCUGUCAUGUCUGGAACUUAGCCCUAUUCGCCGGAAAGAUUUCAAAUUUCUGAGCUGAUGAGGAAGCCCCAUCGCCCCGUCACUGGCAACGAUCUCCUUCACCGGAACAAAGUCCUAGCUCUUCUCCUCGGUCUUCCUAUCCUCGCAUUUUUCCUACUUCUACCAGCCCUUCGUCGCGGCCAUACUUCCCCUAACAGCUCUUCUGGUACCCUCCCUUUUUCCGCCGAUCGUCAGCCUCCCAAGCUUGCAUACUUGAUCUCUGCUACCCGUGGCGAGGGGCGUCGUGUCAAGCGGCUUCUUAAAUCGGUAUACCACCCGUGGAACUAUUACCUUCUGCACGUAGACCUUGCUGCAUCGCCCGAGGAGCGGCAGGAUCUGAAGGAGUACGUCGGAUCUGAGCCGGUAUUUGUUAAGUUCGGUAAUGUGCAGGUGGUGGAGAACGCUGAAGUGGUAAGGUUCAAAGGGCCGACGAUGAUGUCCUCCACGCUUCACGCUGCAGCCAUUUUGUUGAGAGAGGCUAAAGAUUGGAGCUGGUUUAUAAACCUUGAUGCAGCUGAUUAUCCUCUCAUAUCCCAGGAUGAUCUUAUUCAUAUUCUAUCAUUCUUGCCGAGGGAUCUAAACUUUGUCGAGCACACAAGUAAUAUUGGUUGGAAAGAGCAUCAAAGGGCUAGGCCUAUUAUUGUUGAUCCAGGGUUAUAUGGCUCUGAUAAAACAGAAGUGUUUUGGGCCAAAGACAAAAGAUCCUUGCCUUCGUCUUUCAAAUUAUUUGUAGGCUCCUCUUGUGUGAUUUUAAGCUGGCCUUUUCUCGAAUUCUGCAUCUUGGGUUGGGAUAACCUUCCUCGAACAUUGUUGAUGUACUAUACAAAUUUUCUAGCUUCCAGUGAAGGCUACUUCCACACUGUUAUAUGUAAUUCAAUGGACUUUCAGAAUACCACCAUAAACCAUGAUCUACGUUUUAAGAUGUGGGAUGACCAGCCCCGUCAAAGCCCCAUGAACUUGACUUCAGAGCAUUUUAGCCAGAUGGUGGACAGUGGAGCUCCCUUUGCACGCACUUUUGUAGAAAAUUCGCCGGUUCUAGAUCAAAUUGACCGCGAACUUCUGAAGAAGUCGAGGGGCGAAUUCACUCCAGGUGGAUGGUGCUUGGGAAGCUCAAAGCCUAGGAUAGAUACUUGUACUGUUUUUGGCAAGGCUAACAUAAUCAAACCAACUGCAGGUUCAAGGAGGCUGGAGGGGUUGCUUUUGAAGCUCUUGGACGAGGAGAACUUCAGACCCAGGCAAUGUAAAUAGUUAGAGGAUUGAUCUAGGAAAGUGUGAUAUAUGUUAAUACCAGAGCAAAUUUAUUCUUCAGACAGCUCUUUCUUCUUCUUUUUGUAUCUAUAUCUGAGCAGAAACGAGAGGUUCAUGUAUACAACCGUUAAUACAGUUAAGAAACUUCCAAUCUUUGCUCACUGUAUGAAACAACUUUCUUCAUGUUUUAUCACUGAUGUUAUUACCUAUGUUAAUAUAACUAUGAAAUUAAUGAGUUUUUUUUAAUAAGAUCA